AUGCUCUUCUCGGGGGAAACCAACGCCCCCUGCGGGGGAAACCAACGCCCCCUGCGGGGGAAACCAACGCCCCCUGCGGGGGAAACCAACGCCCCCUGCGGGGGAAACCAACGCCCCCUGCGGGGGAAACCAACGCCCCCUGCGGGGGAAACCAACGCCCCCUGCGGGGGAAACCAACGCCCCCUGCGGGGGAAACCAACGCCCCCUGCGGGGGAAACCAACGCCCCCUGCGGGGGAAACCAACGCCCCCUGCGGGGGAAACCAACGCCCCCUGCGGGGGAAACCAACGCCCCCUGCGGGGGAAACCAACGCCCCCUGCGGGGGAAACCAACGCCCCCUGCGGGGGAAACCAACGCCCCCUGCGGGGGAAACCAACCACUGCAGUACCUCAUGAGAAACAAGUACUUUUAUUCACUCUGUGAAUGCAGUACAGAAUUCUCUGACCAGUCAUUUGCACAGAAGUUGCUGGUGGUGACUGCACUGAAGUCAUUCCAUGUGGAGACCGACGCCCCCGGCGGGGAGACCGACGCCCCCGGCGGGGAGACCGACGCCCCCGGCGGGGAGACCGACGCCCCCGGCGGGGAGACCGACGCCCCCGGCGGGGAGACCGACGCCCCCGGCGGGGAGACCGACGCCCCCGGCGGGGAGACCGACGCCCCCGCCGGGGAGACCGACGCCCCCGCCGGGGAGACCGACGCCCCCGCCGGGGAGACCGACGCCCCCGCCGGGGAGACCGACGCCCCCGCCGGGGAGACCGACGCCCCCGCCGGGGAGACCGACGCCCCCGGCGGGGAGACCGACGCCCCCGGCGGGGAGACCGACGCCCCCGGCGGGGAGACCGACGCCCCCGGCGGGGAGACCGACGCCCCCGGCGGGGAGACCGACGCCCCCGGCGGGGAGACCGACGCCCCCGGCGGGGAGACCGACGCCCCCGGCGGGGAGACCGACGCCCCCGGCGGGGAGACCGACGCCCCCGGCGGGGAGACCGACGCCCCCGGCGGGGAGACCGACGCCCCCGGCGGGGAGACCGACGCCCCCGGCGGGGAGACCGACGCCCCCGGCGGGGAGACCGACGCCCCCGGCGGGGAGACCGACGCCCCCGGCGGGGAGACCGACGCCCCCGGCGGGGAGACCGACGCCCCCGGCGGGGAGACCGACGCCCCCGGCGGGGAGACCGACGCCCCCGGCGGGGAGACCGACGCCCCCGGCGGGGAGACCGACGCCCCCGGCGGGGAGACCGACGCCCCCGGCGGGGAGACCGACGCCCCCGGCGGGGAGACCGACGCCCCCGGCGGGGAGACCGACGCCCCCGGCGGGGAGACCGACGCCCCCGGCGGGGAGACCGACGCCCCCGGCGGGGAGACCGACGCCCCCGGCGGGGAGACCGACGCCCCCGGCGGGGAGACCGACGCCCCCGGCGGGGAGACCGACGCCCCCGGCGGGGAGACCGACGCCCCCGGCGGGGAGACCGACGCCCCCGGCGGGGAGACCGACGCCCCCGGCGGGGAGACCGACGCCCCCGGCGGGGAGACCGACGCCCCCGGCGGGGAGACCGACGCCCCCGGCGGGGAGACCGACGCCCCCGGCGGGGAGACCGACGCCCCCGGCGGGGAGACCGACGCCCCCGGCGGGGAGACCGACGCCCCCGGCGGGGAGACCGACGCCCCCGGCGGGGAGACCGACGCCCCCGGCGGGGAGACCGACGCCCCCGGCGGGGAGACCGACGCCCCCGGCGGGGAGACCGACGCCCCCGGCGGGGAGACCGACGCCCCCGGCGGGGAGACCGACGCCCCCGGCGGGGAGACCGACGCCCCCGGCGGGGAGACCGACGCCCCCGGCGGGGAGACCGACGCCCCCGGCGGGGAGACCGACGCCCCCGGCGGGGAGACCGACGCCCCCGGCGGGGAGACCGACGCCCCCGGCGGGGAGACCGACGCCCCCGGCGGGGAGACCGACGCCCCCGGCGGGGAGACCGACGCCCCCGGCGGGGAGACCGACGCCCCCGGCGGGGAGACCGACGCCCCCGGCGGGGAGACCGACGCCCCCGGCGGGGAGACCGACGCCCCCGGCGGGGAGACCGACGCCCCCGGCGGGGAGACCGACGCCCCCGGCGGGGAGACCGACGCCCCCGGCGGGGAGACCGACGCCCCCGGCGGGGAGACCGACGCCCCCGGCGGGGAGACCGACGCCCCCGGCGGGGAGACCGACGCCCCCGGCGGGGAGACCGACGCCCCCGGCGGGGAGACCGACGCCCCCGGCGGGGAGACCGACGCCCCCGGCGGGGAGACCGACGCCCCCGGCGGGGAGACCGACGCCCCCGGCGGGGAGACCGACGCCCCCGGCGGGGAGACCGACGCCCCCGGCGGGGAGACCGACGCCCCCGGCGGGGAGACCGACGCCCCCGGCGGGGAGACCGACGCCCCCGGCGGGGAGACCGACGCCCCCGGCGGGGAGACCGACGCCCCCGGCGGGGAGACCGACGCCCCCGGCGGGGAGACCGACGCCCCCGGCGGGGAGACCGACGCCCCCGGCGGGGAGACCGACGCCCCCGGCGGGGAGACCGACGCCCCCGGCGGGGAGACCGACGCCCCCGGCGGGGAGACCGACGCCCCCGGCGGGGAGACCGACGCCCCCGGCGGGGAGACCGACGCCCCCGGCGGGGAGACCGACGCCCCCGGCGGGGAGACCGACGCCCCCGGCGGGGAGACCGACGCCCCCGGCGGGGAGACCGACGCCCCCGGCGGGGAGACCGACGCCCCCGGCGGGGAGACCGACGCCCCCGGCGGGGAGACCGACGCCCCCGGCGGGGAGACCGACGCCCCCGGCGGGGAGACCGACGCCCCCGGCGGGGAGACCGACGCCCCCGGCGGGGAGACCGACGCCCCCGGCGGGGAGACCGACGCCCCCGGCGGGGAGACCGACGCCCCCGGCGGGGAGACCGACGCCCCCGGCGGGGAGACCGACGCCCCCGGCGGGGAGACCGACGCCCCCGGCGGGGAGACCGACGCCCCCGGCGGGGAGACCGACGCCCCCGGCGGGGAGACCGACGCCCCCGGCGGGGAGACCGACGCCCCCGGCGGGGAGACCGACAAUCGGAGUGUAUUUUAUGAACAAAGGUACUGGCACCAGAGACAAAUCUAG